AUGGCUGCCCAACCACGAUGCCCUUCCCAGUACCUACCCGACUUUACGGGCCAGGUUUUUGACCACCGCUACACACUCACCGCUCUCCUCGGCACCGGCUCGUAUGGCAAAGUGUACAAAGCCGUCGACAGGCUGCGCCUGCGCCACGAGCCUGAGUUUCUCGCCAUCAAGUGUAUGGAGCGGUGGUCGGACGUUUCGCCUCAACGUCAACUACAAGAACAGGAAGUCCGCCUCCACAAACUCGCCGGCUACCAUCACAGGACCGUCUCGCUCCACCACCACUUCGUCUGUGGAGAGUAUCUGUUCAUGGUAAUGGAGUUCGCUGAGACCAACCUGUUCGCUGCUAUGGUCGACCUCGACCUCUUUCGUCAUAACGUGCCGCUCAUCAAGGAGUCGAUGAAUCAUAUCCUCGACGGCCUCGCGGAUAUGCAUGGCAUCAAUAUCUUUCACCGAGACAUCAAGCCCGACAACUUGCUCUGUAAUGCGGACGGCACAAAUAUUCGCUUCACUGACUUCGGGCUGUCUACUCGACGGGCUGUUUCAAAGCAGUUCGGUUGUGGGUCGAAGGGUUACAUGCCUCCAGAAGCGCUUGAUCCGGACCACCCUGACGCAUUGGCCGGCUACUCGCCUAAAGCGAACGACCUAUGGGCCGUCAGCAUGGUCCUCGUCAACUUUAUCUCUUGUCGCCUACCGUGGGUGGCUGCUGAGUACCACGAUCCCGCUUAUAGACGCUUUAUCGACAACCGGGACCGUCUCCUCCGCACUCUCCGUCUCACCAACGAGGCGAACGACCUGCUCAAGCGCUGUUUCGAUCCAAAUCCACAAGUUCGGCCGACGUUGGAAGAGUUUCGAAUAGCGCUCAACAACAUUGAGCAAUUUACUGUCGACCCGCCGGAGACCGUCUGCGACCCCGGUGCAACGCCUCGGCCUAGGCAAUCUCACAUCAUGCCCGACAUGUUGCCUCUCCCAGCUUCCCAACUGGCCGAGCUCAUUGCGGAGCCGGUGUCCACCAGCCCUGACGAGUCCUCGUCUUCAGUUCCGCGGCCAUGCGACUCAACUCCACCAACGUCGUUCGUACCGUCGUCGUUGCCGUCAAAUCCUGCUCCAACCAUCCCUCCUCGGGAAACUUCCAAACGCCCUCUUGGGCGUCUUGAGAGUAAACCUCGACCCACAUAUUACUCGCCUCCACCGAAUCCUGCUGGUUGUGCUGUCGAGGUCCCCGUUCAGCAUCUCGGUCGCCAACCGCCGCCGCGACCGCGCCAGCGUCGGUCUUUCCUCAAGUCGCUCGCUCGCAACUUGGGUUUACGCCGGGUGCGUGGCGAAUGA